CUCGUCGUCUUAUCACCUUUGUUUUCUUUUUCUACCAUGGCUACUCGAACACAUAGACGCUGGUUCGGUUCUCGGACCCGAAACAACAAUCUCUGCUCACUACUCCAAAACCCUUGCUUUCUUCCUCAAACCCUAAAAAUGGUGACUACUCAGGCCGCUUCCAAACGACCCAUUUGCCCAUCGUGCUCCAAACCGGUCCGGCUCUGCCUCUGCACUCGGAUUCAGAACCCGGGGCUCCAUAACACUGUAAGUGUGACCAUUCUUCAACACAGCUUAGAAAAGAACCACCCACUUAAUUCCGCUAGAAUUGCUAGAUUAGGCCUCAAGAAUCUCAGUGUAGUUACUGUUUCUGAUGUGAAUUUUGAAUCCCGGUUCGUUAUCCGGCCGCCGGACUCGGUUUCUCAAAUGGGUUCGGACCGGAAUGGUUUGAAAAGUUUAGGUUUUGAUGAAGUUGUUGAAAGUAGAGAGACCCAGAAGCUGGGUUUUGAGUAUUGUGAUGGGUUCAGCCCAGGGGAAGAAAAUGUGGGAAAGUUGGGAUUUGGGUUAUCUGCAAAUUUGGCAGAAGAGAAAAACAAUAGUAGUUUGACUGAUAGUGAGAAAUGCAAUUUUGGUAGUGAUUUAGGUGAUAUGAGUAGUUCGCAAAACCGAAUAGGGGAUGUAGAUUUUUUGGAGAAAGAACAUGAAUUCAGUAGUGCAGAUUUCACUGAUGGUAGGCACGUAGAUGGGCAAUGCAAUGUCGAUGAGGUUUCUGCUUCUACUGCGUUGGAUGCAUUAUCCGGGGAUUCUGAUGUAGGUUUUGAUGCGGUUGAAGGUAUCGAAAUGGGUAAUGGUGAUCCUGUUAUAACUGCUACCAUUGGUAAGCAUGGCGUCAUUAGCUCACUUUCGCAUAAUUGGAUGCCACAAACUUGUUGCAAGGAUCUGAAAUUUGAUACGAUUUUAGACAUCGCAGAUGCGCGUGGUGCACUAGCAGAGGGGUUUGUUGUACGGAAGUUGCAAAAGCAGCCGGUGAAGGGAAGUGUGGAGUUGGAUGAGUAUGUGGAGUUUGAGGUAGAGAUUCCUCCUGGAUCUGUACUCUUAUUUCCAUCUGAAGAAGCAGUCAGUGUCGGGGACCUUGAGGCGAUGGAUAUUAAGGUGAAGAAUCUGAUUGUUUUGGAUGGAACAUGGUCAAAGGCAAAGAGAAUGUAUGGGGAAAACCCCUGGUUGAAACUCUUGCCGCACUUGAAGUUGAAUGUGGACAAGAUGAGCUUGUACAGUGAAGUGAGGCUUCAGCCGAAGCCGGGAUUUCUCUCCACCAUUGAGAGCAUUGUGUAUGCACUCAAGGCAGUAGGGGACAGCCCUGAGGGGCUGGACAACCUCUUGGAUGUUUUCAGGUCUAUGGUCGAGGACCAGAUACGAUGCAAAGAAGAGAGAUUAAGCAAUGUCUCGCCGGUUAGUUUUGUCCUCGAUUUCUCUUGCACACAAUUUCAACAUCAUCCUGAAACCUGACGAUGAAAGCCAUUGGAGGUGCUCGGUUUGUGUUUCAAGGAACCUGUUUGUGUAAAACCAUGUUUCAUGGAUAUCAAUGAAAUUGAAAACCAUGAAUUCUUGCCUACUCUUUUCAAUUAUUUAUGCUCGGUUUGUCAAAAUCCAACUGGUAAGCCACAAUGACAAACGGUUGUGUUGUGCUUGUCGAAAAUGUAUCGGUAACAUGUUGAUACGUUUUUGUUUUGAGUAGUCGGGGAAUGUUGAAUCAAAAUUAGAACGGACGUUUGUUGCA